AUGAGCACCAAGGUUUUGGCCGGACUCGCGGCCUUCACAUCCGCCUUCGUGGUGAUCGUUUCCUUGAUCACAGUUGGAGUCCUCUUCCAGGACAUCAAUUCCAUGUACGAUGAGGUCAUGGAAGACAUGCGUGAAUUCAAGUUUAUGGCCAACGAAGCUUGGCAAGGAGUCAUGAUCGUCUCCAACGGCAACGGAAUCAGCAAACCACGCCCAACCUUCGUCCAACUCAUCGGACGUAACAAGCGUCAGGCUUCAUGCAACUGUGCUCCAGUAGCCAACAGCUGCCCACCCGGUCCAGCCGGUAACCCAGGUAGCCGUGGUGAGCCAGGUAUCGACGGCAAACCAGGUCAAGCUGGAAACCCAGGCAAACCAGGAGAGGUCCCAGCCACUACUCCAAAGCCAAAACCAGACUGCAUCAAGUGCCCCGCUGGCAGACCAGGCCCACCAGGAGCUCCAGGCGUCGCCGGAGAAUCCGGAAUCCAAGGACAUCCAGGAGAGGCCGGCUACCCAGGCAACGACGGCUUCCCAGGCCCACAAGGACCACCCGGCGACCAAGGAGAACAAGGACCAGCCGGAAACAAGGGACAAACCGGACAUCCAGGACAGGACGGUCGCAAAGCCACCUCUCCACCAGGCCCCAAGGGUCCGUUGGGCCGUCAAGGAAACCGUGGACAUCCAGGCCCACGUGGAGAAGCUCCACCAGCCGGACCACCCGGAGAGACAGGACCACAAGGAGGCAUUGGCCAACCAGGAGAGCCAGGCAAAGACGGAGACAACGGUACCUCUGGAGCUCCAGGAGGCCCAGGAAAAGACUCCGGAUAUUGUCCAUGCCCACCACGCAACAACGCCCCACCUGCUGCCCCACCAGCUCCACCACGUCAAGCUCCAGUUGUCGCACCAAGCGCCGGAGCCGGCAACGGAGGCUACGACGCUCCAGCUGCCGCAAACAACAACAAGAACGGCUACAGACGCCGCUUCAAGCAAAUCUAA